GGCAUCAUUUUUGCUUGUUUCCCACCGUGGUAGAUUCUUUUUAAUGGAGUUUGGUGUUUGAGUUUGUAGUUAAUAAAAUACCCUAUUAACUUGUCAUCAAGAUACUUGUCAAGAUUGAACCUUGAUUAUAUCUGAGGACAAGAAUUACUAAGUAAUCAUUCUUUAAUUAAUGCAACAUUUAAGACAUCAAUUACUAAGCAGCCCUUGAUCAUGUCGAGUGCUUUGUCUGCAUGGCUUUCUGAGCAAUGAAAGUGAUCUAUAAAAGGAAUUAAUAUGCCUACAAAAAAUCCCUUUCCCGGUUCAUUCUUUUGCUGAUACUACUACACUUAUUACUAGUAUUUGUGCUAGAAUUAUUUCUGAGCUAGUUGUUUGUUUCUAUAUUCCUACCUACCAUACAAUGCAGAGCUUUCUUGCAUGGGACAGGAAAUCACCUGAGAAUUAUCUUCCUCACCCUGAUCAUGACUUUAUAAGCCCAGUAGUAAACACUGACAAACAUGUGGUGGUUGUGAUGGAUGGAAUGACAGAGUUCACUACAGAGCCUCUUCAAUGGGCACUUGAUAAUGUUGUCACUGCAGACUGCACUGUCACUCUUCUUGGGGUCAUGCCAUGGCUCAACAUUCCUCUGUUUUUGAAGACAAGAAAUGAUUUUUGGACAGUGGAGAUGGAAGAUGCACCUCUAGUGAGAGAGAAAAAUGAGUGCCGAAAGCGUCAAGCUGUCAUAGAUCUUUGCAGAAAAUAUGGGGUUGUGCCGCAGAAGAAAAUUGUAAUGGGUUAUCCUUUGCGGCUGCUGGUUGUGGAGCAAAUUGUCACUCUUUCUCCAACAUGGGUGAUAUUUGAUAGAUCUCAUAGAAAGAACAAAGAAUUUUAUACUAAAAAAAUUCCAUGCAACAUUCUAAUGAUGAAUGAAGAGGGAAGAAUUGAUAUGAUCAAAAGCAAGUGGAUGAGUCAAAACGACCAAAGCAUUUCUAAAGAAUUUUCAUUGUCUUCAGCUCCAACGCCUCAGUUGUCAGUUUCUGAGGAAUCAAGGGAAGCUGUUAAGUAG